AUGGCUUUCUUUAAUAAAUAUACGAAUUACGAAGUUGACGCUGAUGAAGUUCGUGAGGCAGUAAGGAAAGAGAUGGACGGUCCCGGCCGUUUACUCGGUUACCGUGCAUUGCAUAGGAAGACACAAGUUCUUCCUAAAAGAAUCUGUGUAGAUAAAGGGACAGAGACUGGAAAAAUGGCUACAAUUCAUUGUUAUUUGCAAGAAAAGGUUAGAAAUGAAGAUGCAGUUGAGACUGUUUUGUAUGGGCCAUCAACACAAAACAAAAUUGAGAGGUGGUGGCAAGAAUUGUUAGAACGUAUGGAGAGAUUUUUUAAGGAUCAAUUAAAAGAGCUAGUAGAGAAUGGGGACUAUGACCCAUCAAGUGAAAAUGACAGGUCAAUGCUUGCAUACAUCUACAUACCAGUUGUCCAAAAAGAAUUAAAUACUUUCAAAGAAACAGUUUGGAAUAACCACAGAGGCAGAAAACAACAAAAUAAAGCUUUACCUGAUGGGAUUCCGAACCACAUCUAUGCAUUUCCAGAGCAGUAUGGGGGUGUUAAAUGUGGUAAUCCUACUGAAGUUGAAGAUUUGCAAGAAGUUGCUGACGUGUCAAAUAUUUUAGAUGGCACAGGUGACUAUCUGGAACCAGAAUUCCGUGCUAAAUGUGAAAGGAUCUUUCCUGAAGUCAAUGAAAUUGCACCUUCUGAAGCAUCAGAUGCAUUUCUGACUUUAAAGCAGAACUUUGAUGAAAUAACUUGA